CACGACCACAUCAGUUCACAUCUAUAUCAAUUUUUACUUUUUUUUUUUACUUUCAUCCCCUUUAUAUAUUCUCUCUGGGCUAUAUACACAGAAUAUACAUGGAUUCGUCAAUCAAAGGAGAGCAAGAAAUGUUAAAAAUGAAGAAACAAGGUCAUCAAGAUCUUGAGUUGGGUUUGACCUUUUUGCCACGUGGAACGAACUCAUCAGAGCUCAAUCUCAUUGAUUCUUUCAAAACCAGCUCAUCAUCGACUUCUCAUCAUCAUCAUCAGCAGCAGCAGCAGCAAGAACAUUUGACAGAUCGGAGAGUGUUUUCAUGCAAUUAUUGUCAAAGAAAGUUCUAUAGCUCACAAGCACUAGGCGGCCACCAAAACGCUCAUAAACGCGAGCGCACCUUAGCCAAACGUGGACAGUACUACAAGAUGACUCUCUCAUCUUCGCCUUCUUCAGCGUUUGCGUUUGGCCACGGUUCAGUCAGCAGAUUCGCAAGCAUGGCAUCGUUACCACUACAUGGCUCGGCGAAUAACAGGUCAACCUUAGGGAUUCGAGCUCAUUCAACGAUCCAUAAACCCUUCUUAGGAAGACAAACAACGAGUUUAAGUCAUGUUUUUAAACAGAGCAUCCACCAGAAACCGACCAUCGGAACGAUGUUGCCGGAUAAAUUUCACCUUGAAGUCGCCGGCGGUAAUAACCGUAACGUGAUUGCUGCUAAGUUGGAGAGAACCGAACAUUUCAAGAGCACUAAAGAAGAUCAUAAUCAGUUCAAGAAGAUUGACUUGACUCUUAAGCUAUGAGAGCUCUUAAUUGUCAUCUUCUUUUUAGUCUUCAUUAUAUCAUAACUUUUUCUUUUUAUUAUUCUCGUCUUUGUUUGAUAUAAUGAUUGACGGCAGGGUGUAUUAGAGUUUCACUAAUUAAGUUGUACUUUAUUAUAUGUUUUAUUAAUACCUUGUUGGUGCAAUUCCAUUUUUGAGGUCUAUUUUAA